UUCUGGCUCGAGCAGCCGGGGCUGAGGCGAUUCGAGGCCUUGCGCGCUGGAUCGAAGUCCUGGUGCUUCUCCAAAUGGACGCGGCCUACCAGACGUUCGACGCAGCAAAGGCAGUGGCGUUCCCUCUGAGCCUCUCCCUGCUGGUACUCUACCCCGUGGGCCUGUUCGCCUGGACCGCCAUCGAGGGCCACGCCGCCGCGCGGGUGCAGACCAAGGCCAAGGUGGUCGACCGCUCGCGCGCCGCCGACGCCACGGAGGGGGAGCCGGCCGAGAAGGCCCACAAGGAGGGGAGGCAGCAGGGCGCGAGAUCCCGCAGCGCCCUCCUCGCGCGAGGCCUCGCCGUGGCGCUGGCGUGCCUCGCCGUGGGCGUGUCCAGCGGUGUCGCCCUCGUGAGCGGCGGCGCCCCAGGCGGCGGCCGUGCGGGGCUCGCCGGGAGGCGCCAGACCAUGCCUCUGGCGCCGACGGCCGACAUCUCGUUGUGGCACGACGUCAGCUUGCACGUGAACUCGUGGCUCGACGAGGACACCGGACUCUUCCACUACGUCAACGAGAUCCCCUUGGGCACCUUGGACAAGCAUGAGGUGCAGCCAGGGGAGCCGUACAACAGGAUCGUGGAGGACCCCGUGGGCUCCGCGCGGCUCCGGGCCUUCGGGCGGCCCGUGCCCUUCAACUACGGCUGCUUCCCGCAGACCUACCGCGACCCCGAGGAGAUCGACGAGCUCCACGGCGCUCCUGGGGACGACGACCCGCUCGACGUGCUGGACGUGAGCGGCCAUUCGGUGGGCGUCGGGGCCGUCGUCGAGUGCCGCAUCCUAGGGGCCGUGUGCCUCGUGGACGAGGGCGAGGCCGACUGGAAGGUGUUCGUCGUGAACACCAAGCCGGGGCCGCUGUCCCACGCCAGGUCCGUCGAGGACGUCGAGCAGGUGGUCCCCGGGCGCAUCCAGGAGAUGCUCGGGUGGAUGGAGGACUUCAAGCACAGCACCGGCAAGGACACUGCCACGCUGCACUACAAGGUACACGGCGCCGAGUGGGCGGCGGCCCUGGUCGAGCGAGACCACGCUUCCUGGCGCCGCCUCGUGGCGGAAGCGAACGCCAACGGCACGGCGAGGGGUCAUUGGAUCCGGCCCGCAGGGCCCGCGGAGACGCAUUGGAGCAAGCAGUUCGCCAAGCUGCUCUCGGCCCGCGUCCCCAAGGUGGCCGGGGUCGUCAACCGCACGGCCAGCCAGGGGGUCUUCGUCGCGUGACGCGCGCCCUCGCCCGUGCUCGCGGGCUCGAGAGACAGGUCCAUAGCCGCUGCCUCGCGAGCGGGGCCCCCGGGCCGCGACCCCGCGGGCACGGGGCGUCUCUUCGCGGACGCCCCUCGCGGAGCACAGCCGUGCGACCGCGCCCCCGCGGGGCUGCGCCCCGGAGUCCAGGCCGCGAGGGCGCGGAUGUGGACCUGGUCUGAGGUCGGGCCUGCCCCCCUGCAGGCGGAUUUUGGAGGCAAAAAUGUGUGUUUGACUAUUUUUUGGGCUGCUCCUGCUGCAGAGGGCCACGCGCGACUUCAACCUGGUCGCCGCUCGUGCCGUGCGC